GGUGUCGGGAAGCGAGGCGUCGGGUGAUGGAGCGGCCGGCGUCGCCUUCCCGCUUUCGUGGGGGGAGUUUUGCAAUCGGGGUCGAUGGCUUUUGGGAAGCUUUGGGGCGUGAAUUUAGGGGAAACGAGACGGGACAGGGGCUCUGCCCGACCCCACUGACCCCACCGGCUCUCAGCCCGUCCCCGUGCCGUUAUCCACGGGCAUCGCCGACCCGUGCGGCAGCCGGGGGCUCGGGGGGGCUCCGUGCUGGCCCCCCCCAGAAGCCGUCCCCGUUCCCCACGGGUCGGGUGCUGGGACCCGCGGUGCUGCCCCUUUUGCUGCCCCGGGGACUCGAGCAGAAAACCCCGGCCACGCGCCGCGAGGACGCCCGUGAAGGGCCCCCGAGGUGCUGCGGAGCUGGGGAGCCCCCGGGAGCCGUGUCCCAGCCCUCGGCACGCGGCUGCGCAUCCCCCAGCACCAUGACCCGCAUCGCAAACCUGCGGGGCUGCUGCCUGCUCGCGCUGCUCUGCCUCCUCCCGGCCCCGCGGGCACGGGCCGGCGGCGAUGCCGCGGCCCCGCCGGCGCUCUCGGCGGCCUCCUUCCUGCAGGACCUCCUGCGGCGCUACGGCGAGAGCGAAACCCUGAGCCUGAAGCAGCUCAAGGCCCUGCUGAACCGCCUGGACGUGGGAGUGGGGCACGCCAACGCCUCCCAGCCGCCGCAGCAGCGCGCCAACCUCUCCCGGUGCUUCAGCUCCGUGGAGCUUUUCGCCAUCCACAACCUGAGCGAGGGCUCCGCCGUGGGGCGCGGCGAGUUCAAGGAGUUCUGCCCCACCAUCCUGCAGCAGCUGGAGUCGGGGGCGUGCGCCGCGGAGAACCUGGAGAACGAGGAGAAUGAGCAGACGGAGGAGAGCAGGCCCAGCUCGGCCGAAGUCUGGGGUUACGGUUUCCUCUGCGUCACCGUCAUCUCCCUCUGCUCGCUGGUGGGAGCCAGCGUGGUGCCCUUCAUGAAGAAGACCUUUUACAAGCGGCUGCUCCUCUACUUCAUAGCUCUGGCGAUUGGAACUCUCUACUCCAACGCCCUCUUCCAGCUCAUUCCCGAGGCCUUUGGCUUCAACCCUCAAGAAGAUUACUACGUUUCCAAAUCCGCCGUGGUGUUCGGGGGCUUCUACCUCUUCUUCUUCACCGAGAAGAUCCUGAAGAUGCUCCUGAAGCAGAAGGACCAGGUGAGGCCGGGCAGGGGCUGCUCGGAGCGAUGUCCACACCACAGGCAUGGGCUGAAAUCCCCGAAUCCCCCCGUGCCACCAGCUCUCCACUGGGUGUACAAAGUUAGGCCUUUGCUUGCCAAGACCGGUUUACUUAAAUCGAGGAAUUGGAUGGUCGUGCGUUUUUUUGACAGCACUCUCUCCAGUCCUGGCAAUUCGGAUUUUCCUCUAACUCACAUUUCAGCAAAAUUAGUUAAAUCAGCGUGCUUUACACUUUUAUGUGGGAAAGAGCAGGGGCGGCAGGGGAGGCUGACCCCUGGGGAUGCCCUUGCCCCGCAGCACCACCACGGGCACAGCCACUACAGCCCCGAGGCGCUGCCGUCCAAGAAGGACCAGGAGGAGGGGGUCACGGAGAAGCUGCAGAACGGGGACCUGGACCACAUGAUCCCGCACAUCGCCAGCGAGCUGGAGUGCAAGAGCCCCCCCGGGGACGAGAAGGUCGUCGUGGGCUCCCUGUCUGUCCAGGACCUGCAGGCGUCCCAGAGCGCGUGCUACUGGCUGAAGGAGGUGCGGUACUCCGACAUCGGCACGCUGGCGUGGAUGAUCACCCUGAGCGACGGCCUCCACAACUUCAUCGACGGGCUGGCCAUCGGCGCCUCCUUCACCGUCUCCGUCUUCCAAGGGAUCAGCACCUCCGUGGCCAUCCUCUGCGAGGAGUUCCCGCACGAGCUGGGGGACUUCGUCAUCCUGCUGAACGCCGGGAUGACCAUCCGCCAGGCGCUCUUCUUCAACUUCAUCUCGGCCUGCUGCUGCUACGUGGGCUUGGCCUUCGGCAUCGUGGCCGGCAGCCACUUCUCUGCCAACUGGAUCUUCGCUCUGGCCGGAGGGAUGUUCCUCUACAUCGCGCUGGCUGACAUGUUCCCCGAAAUGAACGAGGUGAGCCGGGAGGACGAGCAGAACGGCAGCACCUUGAUCGCCUUCGCCAUCCAGAACGCGGGGCUGCUGACGGGCUUCACCAUCAUGGUGCUGCUCACCAUGUACUCUGGCCAGAUCCAGAUCGGGUAGGACCAGCCCAUCCGGAGGCCUGUGCCAGUUUUCCCCCUUCUAUUUUUAUUUUUUUUUUGGGGGGUGGGGAGGGUUUUUUUUUUGUUUGUUUGUUUUUCUUUUCCUGCUGCAAGCAUACGACAGUACCUGUGCGGGCACGACACACUACAGAAGAGGCAUUGCUUUCAAAGCUAUUCCACAGACUUCAUAUUAUUUCGACUCGAGGCUGAGCGGGGCUACGUCCCCUUCGCCGUAGGACCGAACUGACCAGAGGAUCUCCUUCCCGUGCCACAUCCCUCCUCUCCUCGCAUCUCCCGGGAAGGAUGGAUUUGGAGACAGGAGCUCCUCCAGCUGUGUUGCUCCCCUCCUUGUUCUCGGAGCGGUGUGAUGGGACAAAAUGCUCUCCUGACCCUUUUUUUGCAAGGGGGUGUGAUGGGGCUGCGGGGACAGGGCUAGCGCUGGACGCCAGCUGCCUCCUGCUCACCUACCAAGGGAUGGAUGCGCGGGGGCGACGAGUGCCACCAUGCGUGGAAGGGGAAUGGCUCGCAGGCAUCGCACGGGGAGCUGGUGUUUCUCUCCUGCCUUCGGGAGCACAAGGAGACCACGACAAACCUGGCUGCUUCUCGGGGAGCUCCGUACUGGCAGGUCCUCAGCUCCGCUCUCUGAGCACAGAGCCCAGGACAAGGGGGAGCUGAUGGGGCUCGGGGGGCACGGCUCACAGUUUGAGCAAUGUCCUCGCCGUCUUCAGAAACACGUCUCUGCGGCUGUUCCUGCUCCUCCUGCGAUGGAUGAGGAGGAUGAAGAGGUUUUAAGCACAUUGUGGGUGUCAGCGCUCGGAGCAGAGGACACCAAACCUCACCCCGUGCGGGUCAGGCUCACAGACAUGGGCUGCGUCGGGAGAAGGCUGGCAGGACGCUGUUACCUCUUCGAGGCUCCCUGCUGCUAUAAGGAAAAAAAAAAAUCCAUUUUGAGGGCAGCAAUGCUGGCAAGAAGGGCACAAGAGCAGGGACGGCGAGCCCUUAGCCUGGCCACAAGCUGCCCAGCCAGGGAAGAAGCGGUCCUUGCACUGUGACCAAGCUCAUGCAGACACCUGGGCACGGACACCCGUUUUUAAAUGCUGCUGCUGCCGAGGUGCAGAGGUUCUGGGUGGGGAGGGGGGUGGUGUCGUUGUUCUUUUUUAAAAAAAAAAAAACAAAACAAAACAAAAAAAGAGACUGUGAACCUCUUUAGGUUGCGUGUUUCCAGCUUUCGGGAGUAGCCAGAGAAGGGUGUUACUGGCACUUCCCAGCUCUGCUUCUGGGCUGGCUUUCCCCAGAUUCACUAGGUGAAUUGACUUAUUAUCAUAUUGAUAAUGUUGCCCACCCCACCUGUGUUGCUUGAGGUUCCCUGCACGCCUCUUUCCCCUCUGCUUCCCCCAAACCUCGUCCCGCACCCGGCAGCGUUGAGUUUGUGGCCACGCUGGCACCCGGGAGCCGAUGCGGGCAGCUUACCCUCGUGGGUAUGGCGUUGGAUCGGGAUGCCAGAGUGGUGCUGGUGGCAUUGAGUGGUGCUUUGGUGCACACAUCGUCACCUUCCCUUCCACCCCUGGUGGAAGACAAAAUGGGGAGGGUGCCAGGUAUUUUGGCUGCCUGCCUGCCCACCCCAAGGGAGACGAGCCACCUCGGCCCUCAUGAACGCAGGCAGAGCCUGCGGCAGGCUCAGCACCAUCCGGCAGCAUCAUGACCUGGUUUGGUCACUGGCUAAUUAGUUCCUAAUUGCCUCAGGUAAAAGCUGGGUGACGUUCCUGUUGUGCUCCUAAUAGUUGUCACCGAGUCCCAAGGUCUCUGCCGGUACCCUCGUGGACCAGCACCUCUGCUCUCGGUGGCUUCGGCUAGGCCAGUCAUUGACUGUGGGCUUCAUCCUGCAUCCCGAAGGUUAAAUAGCUGCACACACAGGAGCAGGGAGCCUUUUUGGCAUCCAGAGGCACCUCGAGGUGUUGUGGGUGCUGCGAGACACCGCGAUCACCAAGAGUUGUCCCGUGUGGCAGCUUCCCAGUCCGAAUUCUGGGCUGCAAUUCAGAAAUAAAGCUCCGAUACUGAUACUGGAAGGGAUGGCUUCUGCCUUUUCCCUGCUGAGAGAGCUGCAGCCUCGUCUGACAGAUGAUGUGGAAGAAUUGGAUUUUGUGAGGGACGGCGUGCGCGCUGCCUGCCCUCUCCCAAGGAAGCAUUUGGGACACGCCGUGUGUGGGGCUGGCGGCCUUCCACGGGGCAGAGGGCAGCGCGAGCACUGCCAGGGCUAAGUCACGUCUGGCAGGAGGGGUUCAGCGGUGUGCACAGAUGGAAAAGCCUUUGGGCUGGGGGCGAGGGAGGAAUAUCCUUUGGCUGCCCCUCGGGGACCACGACGCGCUCGCAGGCUGUGGCUAGGGGGUCCUCUGCGUCCUAGAGAGCAGAAAAUGGGGUAAAAACCAGCACCGGCUGGUCCAGGCCCUCAACACCCCGUGGAGAUGGUGAAUCCGUGUUCUUGUUUCAAGUUAACCCUGUUUUUUUGCCAACUGAAGUGACCACAAGAAAUCUGCAACGCAGAGAGUCGGGGGGGAAAGCCCCUCGGAGGAACAAGGCUCCUCGCAGAGCGACCCACGUGCUCGCAAAAAAGGUUCUCAAAAAGGGUUGCUGUGGGGUUUGUGGGGCAGGAGACCCUCCUCUCACCUAACGUCUGGUGGGAGAGGGCUCCAGCUUCAGGCAGGUUGGCACCAGGUCAGGGAUGGGAGAUCGAGGAGGGAAAGUGACCGAAAUCGAGCUUGUAUGUUUGUUUUUUUUUUAAUCCUUUCUGUGUCCGUUUAGAAGCUCAAGUUCCAUCUCAGUAUUUUAAUAACUCAGGUGUUGUAAGAAAUACUUGUCGAAACAAAGAGCAUAACUUAUGUCACGUGGAUUGUAAAGGUAUUUGUAAAAUUCCAUAAAUAAAAUAUAUUCUGUAA